CAAUCAACAGGCGAGUUUGGAGGUCAUUUCCUGUGUUUAGUCUUUGCUUGACUCGUGUAGUGUGGUUAAAAUAAUUAGCAGAAUUGAAAUCAUGAAUAAUGUUCUUAGUCGCUCUAAGCAGCUGGUUUCAUCAAUAUUUAAAAGCGGCGUUCUGAUGGAAUAUACUAGUGUCUCUAAAAGCGUGUGUUCGGUCACUAGAAGUCGGUGUUAUAGUCGAUUUUUGGCUCGCUGCGGGAGAGAAAAUAGCUCAUGUCUUCUUUGGCAACAAGCAAUAACUUCAUCAUCCGGCUGCCACUUUGCUCCAAAAAUGUUCUUUUCACAUCAGCGCGGUGAAAACAGCGACUCGGAGCAAAGUGUUGGAGUGGCUGAAGACGAAUCGCAGCAGACUGAAAUUCAGACAGGCUCCUCUGAGGGUUUCACCCUGGAUGUUUUGGUGUCUCUGCUGCGGCAGGAAAAUGCAGUGGAUAUCUGUGUGAUUAAAGUUCCCAAAAACAUCACAUACGCAGAGUACUUCAUUGUUGUCAGUGGCAUAUCACCAAGACACAUCCGUGCUAUGGCUCUUUAUGCCAUCAAAGUGUAUAAAUUUCUAAAGAAAGGUGAUGAGCCACAUGUUAAGAUUGAAGGGAAGGAUGCAGAAGACUGGAUGUGCAUUGAUUUUGGGCAAAUGAUUGUUCACUUCAUGCUGCCAGAGACCAGAGACGUGUAUGAACUGGAGAAGCUGUGGACUCUCCGCACCUAUGAUGAACAGCUGACAAACAUUCCUGCAGAGACGGUACCAGAAGAUUUCAUAUAUGACCUUGAUGACCCAAAGUAAUGGCAGAAAAUAAAUCACCCAAAGUG